UUGCGGCAAGUGUUUGAAUCGCUGGAUCGUGACCGGAAAGGCUCUCUAGACUUCGAUUCUGUGUACGAUUGUCUGAACAGCUUGGGGCUUCAACCGGACCGUGGGCAAGUCGAAUCUCUUGUAAAGAAAUAUGAUAUUGAUGGGGACGGGAGCAUCGGCUAUGAGGAAUUC